UCUCUCUCGAACUCCAUUUUGCGAUAUGUCUUCACUUUGGUUUGGGUUCUUUUAUUUCAAAGUGCUGGCACCCUGAACUUUUUUUUUCAAUGGUAUUGGGAGUCACUUCUCUCUUCCUCUUUCACUCUCUCUCUCUCAUGUACUUUUUACAUUGUGUUGCCACCGUCAUCCAGUCACAUUUGCAUAAAUGACGUUUGUAUUUCCUCCAUCAGCAACAGAAACGACAGUAAGAAAACUAAAGAGGGAAGAGGAACCAGGGGCCUUUGUGUUGAGAGAAAGUGCCACAGUCACAAUCCGUCUGUCCCUCUCUUGCUCUUGUCAACUCUUCCAAAGGUGGAUUUUGGUUUCCACAUUUUGGAUUUAAUUGGACCACCUUUAGCUGCUGCAGUGUCACCUUUAAGUUCUGGUAAUUAGUGAUCUCCGUCUCCCAGCAUCACAAGGGUUGUGUUACCAUGGCAACUAGCAAGCAGAGCUUUGCUAGAGCUACCGAGCCUCAGUGUUCAGUGUCUGCACGGAGAGAGAAGGAGACGCAUGUUCAGGCCCCUUUUACGACUAUGUAUGUCCACAACGUUACUGCCCCUGGCCUGCAGACAUACCCUCAGGCCCAAUCUGGAGCCUUGCAGGAUCCGACGGUUCUACCACUGUUCCUGCCAGGGAUGUGUAGCAACUCGACUCUGCCCUCUCUGACACUGCAUAUUGCCAGCAGGGCUGCUUUGCAACAACAAAGGCUAGUGGCUCCAGCAACCUCGGCCAGACCAAAGCCUAAUGGGAAGCAUAUUUGCCCACACUGCAGCAAGGACUGUCUGAAGCCCAGCGUGCUCGAGAAACAUCUCCGUUGCCACACAGGAGAGCGACCGUAUCCCUGCACUACCUGUGGCAUUUCCUUCAAGACGCAGAGUAACCUUUACAAACACAAGCGCACACAGGCACAUGCACGCCUUUCCAGCGAAUCUGACAAAGGCACUUUCAGCAGCCAGGAGAGCGUGGAGAGUUCGAAGGACAGCUGCACCAGUCCAUCUUCGGAGAUGAAUGGCGGAGAUGUAAAGAGAAGCAAAGAGGUUUUUCCUGUUGUACCAAGUCAGGUAGACUCUACAGUGACUGGCAUUGAAUGGGCAUUACGUAAUGCUGCCAUGGUUGGAUGUAGCACGACACCAGCACUUCAAGAAAAGGUCAAUUCUUUGAGGAAAACUGUGGAGUUUUCAGUCGGCAUUAAAAAUAAUCCUGCGAUCCAACAGACAGGUGAGGACGGAUGUACUUCGUCGAUUCCAAAUCGUACACCGCUUCAGAGGCAGGAGGCUUUAUUUUCCAAACCUUGGGAUUCGCCCAGGUCUCGGGGAAAAUCUCAAAGCCACGACAGUACAGACUCUGGCUUCAGUGAUGGCAGUGAGCAACACUUAUCCUGCAGUCCUGGAGCAAGUUUGCACGAUCACACCGUGGAAUCAUUGAAAGAAACUCCAAUGGACCAGCAAGAAGCAAGUGCAUCCCAGACUCCAGAAGACGGGAAAAGCAAGGUGUCCGUUCAGGAGAAGCAAAAGCUGGAAGAACGCAUUUCAAAGCUCAUAUAUGACAACAGUGUGCUGGUGGACAAUAGACAACUGGAAAAUGUGCGUCCAAGAAAGACAGUAUUGUCAAAACAAGGAAGCAUUGAUCUUCCCGUGCCGUACACUUAUAAAGACUCCUUUCAUUUUGAGAUUAGGAGCAACAAGCACAUCGCAAGCUCUCAAAAUCAAGACAGACGAGGUGGAGCAAUUCUCAGCUCUGCGCCAACACAACCCUCCACUUGCACAGAUCACGCACCAUUAACACGAAGCAGUUCUUUACCCUUCACUAUGGGUGUCAAACCCACUGAUGGAGCAAUGAAUUCAAAUCUUAGCAGAAGGUGUAGUGCAGGGCAGGUUUACCCAUUAAGAUCAUUACACCAGCAUGCACAAGGUCAUCGCUCACUCGUUAGGCAGGUAGCGGUAGAUGGUUUGCCUCCAGAGAGAUCCCCUGUUGAAAGAGGUAGUGUAAGCAGUCUUAGCUCAGAUGGAGACAGCACUGAUUUAGGAACGGAGUCAUGUAUAAAAGGAAACAGGAGAAAAGCCAAAAAAUUUGACUACACAAAGUGGCACACUUACAAAGGUGGGACAUUUAGGAAACUCUACGAUACUGAGAAAGACUAUCCACUGAAGAUGAAAAAGACUGCAUCAAGCUCUGAACAAGCAGAGAGCCUGGAAACCCAAAUUAACCAACAGAGAGACAAUCGAUCCGUGUCUCUGAGCUUUACUUCCGGUUCUGCUGUGAAUGACCUUAAAGUGUCAUAUGCCAGCUUUGAGAAUAAUAAUGCAAAUGGGGCAGACACGGAAAGGGAUGAAUCGGCAACACAACACUUGGAUUGCCGUAUCCCAUCAGAGAGGAAGAAACAGCGCACUGGGAAUGAUGUGAAUAUGCCCAGUAUUUCAGAUCCAAGAACUGGACAGGCAAAUGGAAAUAUGAGUCAAUCACUUCUAUCAACCUGUGCGACGCAGACUUCCAUCACAGUUCCAGCACAAAAGGUCACCAUGCAAAAUCUCCACCCGCAGGGAAGCUUCAUACAACAGCUCUCAAAUCCAAGUCAGUUCCUUGGUAAUACACUUUGCUUCAUCAGUGUAAGUGGGACAUCUGGCCCGCCAUCUGGUUCUAUCACCAGCUCUACUGUCCUUCAAGCCAAGACCAGCUUUCCUCCAAAGUACCAGCUGAAGAUCCCGUGUUCCACAGAUGGAGCGUCGACUUCUUCUUCCGGAUCCACGUUAAAACACAACACUUGUUCAACCAUUCCAGCUCUCACGCAAAGCCGUCAAACUACAGUGCAAUGCCAUCUUGAGAACAGUUUAUUAUCUUUAAACCAGAGUCAGGGGGCUUCAAUAGUCACAACCUUUGACCAGAGCAAUCAAGAUGUAUUGUGUGCGACAACUUCAAUGCCUAUGUCAUCGGUUUCCUGUUCAGGGCUGAAUCACACAAACAGUUCAUCCAAAGUCCUGACACAACUUCAGUCUACCACGCCUACACUGUUUUCUGCUACGCUACCUCCACCAGUGCAGAAGCAAGUGUCUUUGUUGCAAAGCAACUGUGCAACAGGUGUGGUGGAAAGCCAGUCGACAGUUCCUGUAUCGUCUGUAAUGCAUUUAACAACCUCAGAGGACUCUCAACCUGUCGCAUCAACAAACUCAAUGUCAGCAGGGAUUUAUUGUUCUGAAACUGGACUACAAAUCUAUCCUCCACCAACAAUUCAAAACCAUCCUGCCUCCCCUGUGAGUGAACCAGGAAAACAUAGUGGUCUCACAGCAGACACUAAAUCCACAGUGUAUGAGAAUACGCUAAACAGCACUGCCUCUAUAAUGGCCACUGGGUGUGACUUUCAAGGGUCCCAGUCUGAAGGAAAGGUGAUGGCACUAGAUGGCUCAGCACAGGCUCAAAACACGUUUUAUGUACGAACAGCUGACCUCCAGAUCGUCAUGCAGAUCAUAUCCGAUGAACAGUUAGCACUGAUAGAGCCUCACAUUGAAACAACAACUUCACUCACUUUAACAAACCAUACAUCACUUUCACAGGAGUUAUAUAGCAAUGAUGUGACUAGUCUGUGCAUGGAACAGGUAAUGGUAGAUAAUGGUGAGGUGAGAAAAAAUAAUACUUCCAGUUGUCGUGAAUCGGCCAGUUCUGGAAACAAAGCAGAAACUGUUAAUAGUUUAAACUCUCAAAAUGCUAAAAGUUAUGCAAACGACAGCCCUCAGUUUGUGUCAUCUUGGUCACAUCCACAGACAAAGAUUCAUCUCACAGCCUCAGUGGAUUGCAAUAAAAAUGGAGAGUUGUAUGAACCACAGAAGAUCCCUGAGAAUCCCCAGGAGAGAAAACCUGCUGAGUUUGAGGUUAUUGCAGAGUCACAUUACAAAUCAGUGGCUGGAGACGAUCCUCGUUCAGUGGACAAGAACGAUUCUAGAAGAGAAAAUUACAAAGAGGCCGAAAAGUGUUCUGUCCGUUACCCAGAUUUGGUUAGCUCCUCUGAGGAUCAAAUAUUCACAGAGAUAAUGGAGCCAAAUCACGUUCAAACUAAGCCAGUGGAGCCUAAUGAAACAGACCACCUCGUGUCAGUCACGUUAUCAGAAAAUGCUGAGAGGGUUGAAACAACUGAGACAACUGCACAGCUCAGAACUUGUAUUUGUGAGAAAAAGACCUCUAUCGCAGAUUCACAGCAGAUGCAAAACGUGAUAAACUCCAAUGAGCCUAACAAGCCAUACUGUGGCAACUCAAAUUUAGACACAAGGAAAAUCAGAGCAUGUGACACAGGUAAGCUCAGCUGCGCGCAUGGGACCCUACCGACGGAAACGUGUGGUCCAGGACGAACACCUACACAGUAUGAACUCCAACAGGCCUUUGCUCUAGGCCAUGGUGACUUUGUGAAUGACACGCACAGUCAAAUAAAAGCAUCAUGCCCAAUGGACAGGACAUCUAACGUUCAGAGCAUCCUUGAAGACAGCACCAAAUGUGGAGAUGACCAUACACACCAUGCCAAUCCGGAAACAUUUACAGGGCCUGGGGAGGAUGAUACCCUCAAAAGCCUGAGGUUUCGGAGGGAUCCUGGGACAGAGAGCAAGGAAUCGAUCCCCAAAGACCCGAAGAUUGGAGGUAGAGAAGGAGAGAGACCGAGCACAGACAUGGCUGACACUGAAAACACACACACCUUCACAUGCCAAGGCUGUGAAGACAAUGGAAAACAGGACAAAAGAAAGGAAAAGGCCAUGUCUUGUGAGGAACAUCAGAAAGUGUCCCUCAACAUUUCAGAACCACUUCAGCCUGAAAAAAUCAGCGAUUCAAACAAUCCAGAAGCGUCUGUUUGCACGAACAUCCUUUCACAAACAUGUCAACAUGAAGGGCAAGGGGAAUGUAACAACAACACCAGCAUGGGUGAAUAUUUGGGGAACAGCACUUCUCAAGAGAGCCAACAGGAGACAUCCAGUUCCAGUCAAACAUCCAGGCAAUCAGUGAAUACCAUGCAAAAUGAAUUCCAAAAGGAAACGCAGUCAAGGGGUUCGAUGAUCUAUUUCAUUUACUCAAAAGGAUCUCAGGUUCAGAUGCACAAAACAAGUGACACACCUGUAUCAGUCAGCGCUUUGCAAAAUAACUGUGGCGCUUUGAAGAUUGAGUCUGUCAGUACAAGUAUUACUUCAUCAUCCAGUAGUGGGGCCAGUUAUUGCAAUGCUUCAAAUCUAAUGUCCAGUCAAGAGCCGCAAAUAUGUCCCUCAGCCGUACAUAGCAACUCAGCAGAGCCUAAACUCUUCUAUUUAGGCAAUAGUUACCUGGAGCAUGAGGACAGUAACAGCAGUAGCGAUGAUGAGCAAAAGCUAGUCAUUGAACUUGAGUAAGGUGUACACACAAACAAGACAAAAUCAACCCAUUCUCACUUCCAUGGUGUCCGAUCCGACCACUUGUCCAAGAAGUCCUUACAUUUCGACCGAAAGGAAUCCUUUAGCGGCUUACAAUGAGAAACUUUUGCUAUCAGUGGGUUGGCAUGUAAGUCAUGGUAAUUUUAUCAUGAAACUAUAUAAUGGGGUAUAAUUUUGUCAUCAUAACAUACUGUGUGUUGUGGAAGCUUGUUUCUGCCACACAAUAAAACAUUUAAAAGAUAACUGCGACUUUUUAUUUUAAAAUUGAGAGAUAUAACGUCAGAAUUGCGUAAUAUUAAGUCACAAUUCAGAUUUUUUUUCUCUCAAUUGGGAGUUUAUUUUGCAAUCAUGACUUUAUAACACACAAUUGCGAGUUUAUAUAUAUAUAUAUAUAUUUUUUUUUUCAGAAAUGUGACUUGAAUUGUGAAUUCAUAAUUGUGAUUGAAUUGUUAUCUUUUCUCAGAAUUGUGAGAUAUAAACUCGCAAUUGCAAUUUAUAUAGUCCAAUUCUAAGAAAAAAAAAACUUUUUUCCUCAAAGUUUAUAUCUCACAAUUCUGAUUUUAUAACAUGCAAUUACGACUUAAUAACUCACAAUAGCGACUUCAUAUCACACGGUUUUGAUAAAUAGUCCGAAUUGUGAGAUAAAAAGUUGUAAUUACCUUUUUUAUUAUUUAUUCUGUGGCGGACACAAGCUUCCAUAGUAUGUUGACGUCACAGUGAGAUACAAAUUCAGAUUAACAAAAAUUCAUUCAGAAAAUUGCCAACAUUCCAAGUCUUCCCAGGCAAAACAGUUGCUCUGCACGAGGAACAUGCCCAAAGUUAAUCAUGACCCCUAUCUGAAACGCUACCACAGCCUUUUUUUGGACCGAUUGCAUCAUGGUAAAUUUCAGAUGUAUCUUUUAAAUAAAAUGUGAAUGUGUUCACAGAGGAGGAUUUUCACCCAUUAAAAACUUAAAGCCACACCGUGGAACUCUUCAACCUUUAUAAUAUAUUACCAAAACCCAUUGAGAUGGUACAU